AGGCAGCAGCUCUUUCCACACAGCACUGACUGCAGAGCUGGAAUCGGGAGAGCUCUGUGCAGGCAGGAAAGCCCCAGCUGGCUGUCCAGCUCUCCGCUGCAAGCAGGCCARUGUGCUCUGUGCACAUUUGUUAAUGGAUGUGACCCCCUGUCCCCGCUCCGGGAGGUGGCAUUAACUGCCCGCUGCUGCUCUGAUAGCUGGACUCCAGACACCAACAUGACGGAACGCUUUGACUGCCACUACUGCAAAGAGUCCCUGUUUGGCAAGAAGUACAUCCUGAAGGAGGACAGYCCCUACUGUGUGAAAUGCUAUGAAAAUCUUUAUUCCAACACCUGCGAAGAAUGCAGAAAACCUAUUGGCGCUGACUGCAAGGAUCUGUCUUACAAGGAGCGCCAYUGGCAUGAAAGCUGCUUCCACUGCUUCCAGUGCAAGAAUUCACUGGUGGACAAACCUUUUGCUGCAAAAGAGGAACAUCUGCUUUGUACUGACUGCUACUCCAAYGAAUACUCUUCCAAAUGCAAUGAGUGCAAGAAGACUAUUAUGCCAGGUACUCGCAAGAUGGAAUACAAGGGCAACAGCUGGCACGAGACCUGCUUUAUCUGCUGCCGCUGCCAACAGCCUAUUGGGACAAAGAGCUUCAUCCCUAAGGACAAUCAAAACUUCUGUGUGCCCUGCUAUGAAAAGCAGUUUGCCAUGCAAUGCGUCCAGUGCAAGAAGGCUAUCACCUCAGGAGGUGUUACCUACCGGGAGCAGCCCUGGCAYAAGGAGUGCUUCGUGUGUACUGGAUGCAAGAAGCAGCUGUCUGGACAGCGCUUUACCUCCAGGGAUGAGUUUGCAUACUGCUUGAGCUGCUUCUGCAACCUCUACGCCAAAAAGUGUGCUGGGUGCACAAACCCAAUCAGUGGACUCGGAGGAACCAAGUACAUCUCUUUUGAAGAACGGCAGUGGCAUAAUGAUUGCUUUAACUGUAAGAAGUGCUCCCUUUCACUGGUGGGUCGUGGCUUCCUCACAGAAAGGGAUGACAUCUUUUGCCCUGAAUGUGGGAAGGAUAUUUAAAACUCAAACUAAGAGGUGAGGAAGACAGGAAGAAACUGGUGCUUGCAAUAUAUAGUCUGAAACACACAGCUGUUCAGAACUAGCUUYGCCACUGUGUCUCACUGUACUAUUAACACUACUUAAUCUUUUUCUUUAUAUUCUCCAAAUCUGGAGAGAAAACAACUUGAAAAUCUUUAAUGGCAGUGUUCUUGUUUAAGAUUUCUAUCAAUAACAAAAACUAAUGCAAAACCCAUGAUGUAAAAUUAUUAGGCUGUUUUUGACAUAACGUACUAUUUUUAAGGGUUUCUUUUUCCUAAGAAAUAUUCCAGUUACAWGCAAGUGAUACAGUUAAAUGAUUACAAAGGCCACACACMACAC